AUGGGCAUCAAAGACAUAUGGGAGAACAAGGUGCUCGCACGUAUCGUACCUCCAAAGACUGCCGACGAUAAUAAUGAAGGCCCAUCCGAAAGCUACUUUAUCCCUGGCGCGUUGGUUACCACACUUUUCUUCCUAUGGGGUUUCAGUUACGGUCUCCUCGAUACACUUAACAAGCACUUUCAAAAUGUCCUUGGUAUCAGCACCACACAAACUACGUACAUGCAGGUCGCCUAUUUUGGUGCCUAUUUUGUCAUCAGCCCAAUUGCUGGAUUGAUCUUACGGCGAAUCGGUUAUAAGAAAACGAUCAUAUUGGGUCUCUUGUUAUAUGUUUUGGGUGCGCUAUGCUUCUACCCCUCGGCCACAAACCGUGUUUAUGGUGGGUUUGUGGGAUCACUCUUUACGAUUGCUUCAGGUCUUGCCAUGCUCGAAAAUUGUGCAAAUAGCUACAUCACCAUCAUCGGAUCACGAAGAUGGGCACCGCUCCGUAUCACUAUCUCGCAAGCUUUCAACGGCCUUGGCACUACCAUCUCGCCUGUGGUUGCAUCCUACGCAUUCUUUGGUGGUAAUGAAAGUGCAACUGGUAACCUUGAUUCAGUCAAAUGGACGUAUGUUGGUGUUGGAUGUGCUGUUUUUGUGAUUGCUAUCAUUUUCUGCUUUGCACGUAUCCCUGAAUUCGAUGAAGAAGCUCAAAUGGAGGCUGAAGCUAAUGCAACCGGUGAGGAGGUCAAGCGUGCAUCGUUGGCAUCUCCACACUUAUGGCUUGGUGCGAUCACCCAAUUCGUGUACACUGGCAACCAAGUGGGAAUUGCAUCCAUGUUUAUCUAUUAUGCAACUAUCGUUGGCGGCAAAUCCGAUUCUUUUUCAUCUGUGCUAUUGGCGUUAGGACAAAUGUGCUUUACUAUCGGUCGUUUUAUUGGUGCAGCACUUAUGCGAUGGUUCAAGGCCGAGCAUUUGCUAGCAGCUUACGCUGUUGCUGCAAUCAUCACCACCAUUUGCACCAUUACGAUCAACACACCCGACACCACUUAUACCCUUAUGAUCAUUCUAUUUUUUGAAAGCAUCAUGUUCCCCACCAACUUUGCAUUGGCCACCAAAGAUCUUGGACGUAAUUACAAAUAUGGUGCACCUCUAUUGGUUAUGGGCGUUGCUGGUGGUGCCUUGUUCCCUACAUUGAUGGCCUUGCUAAAGGAUAAUCGUAGUAUCCAUAUUUCAUUUGUGUUGCCGCUGGUCGGAUUCGUCAUGGAGUUUGUAUACGGUCUCUGGGGAUCUAAAUGGGUUUGGUAUGCUAAGGACACCAAACACGACGCUGAAGAGGCGUCAUCGUCAUCCAUGGGAUUGGAUAAGCCUACAGCGGUGGAACAUGUGCAGCAGCAGUGA